AUGGUAGCAGAAAAUAACGCCUCUAGUGCAGUGCCCUCUGCAAACAGGGUGACUUUUCUGAAGCGCAAAGUCAUUUCAAUUUAUGACAGUUUGCAAACACUUCAAAAUGCACUAACUAAUUCGACACUUAGUGCAAUUAAUGAGUGCGGUCUUAGUGUUAGGCUGAAGCAAAUCGAGCGGCUUCAGACCUCAUUUGAUAUUAAUCAAACUAGCCUCGAAGAGCUAGACUUGCGUGAGGACUUCGACGAGUUAGCAAUUUCUAUGGAAAUUUCGGUUCGGAGUGAAAUCGCGAAACGUGUCUCAAUAUUGCCCUGCUCAACAUUUCGCGACCAAUCUGUGCUGUCCGCGCAGACAGUUAGAGCUAAGGCACCGCCGGCAAUACCCGCAUUAAAGUUGCCUACGUUCACUAGUGGUUACACAGAAUGGGCGGACUUUUAUUCUAUGUUCACAACCGUCAUAGAAAAUCAUCCAGAUUUAGCAGAUAUCGAAAAGCUGCAGCAUCUUCGAUCGUGCCUGAAGGAUUCAGCGCUGGACGCAAAUCGAUCAUUGGAAAUAACAAACGAUAAUUAUGCCAUAGCACUUAAUUUAUUGGAGAAAAGGUUGAAUAAUAGACGUUUGGUUUUUCAGGCACACAUACUAGAGAUGUUGGGGCUCAAGAGGGUGGCAGGUGGAUCGGUCGUGGCGCUAAGGGAGUUGUCCGACCAAUUCAACGCACACAUUCGCGCAUUAAAGAACAUGGGCAACACCGAACAGAUCGCUGGAUGCAUCAUUGUGCAGAUUAUCCUACAAAAGCUGGACCCAUCAUCACAAGCCAAGUGGGAAGAAAGGCUAGAGGAUUCGACGUUCGUCAACUUGACACCAUCUUGGGAGCAUAUGGCUACGUUUCUGGAGCAGAGAUGCCGAACAAUGAAAACCGUAAAUGGCAAGCUAUGCCCCUAG